AUGGACGGCAUUGGUGGAGGAGGAAGCUGCAGAAAGAGAAAGAAGUGCGACCACCCGCCGGUCGAGGAAGACGAUGCUGACGAUGAAUCAAAGAUGGACAAGUUCUUUGAUCUGAUCCUCAACCUCGGAGAGAGCCUCAAGCGCCGCGUUGGCGGCUGGCCAUUGCAGAGAACCGCUGGAACAAGAGGAUCAAGAGAGGGUGGGAACCCCCGUUUGAACUCCAAGAUUUCGCCGGCAAUCAUGGCGUUGCCGCAGAUCCUCUUUCACAGCUCUUUGUUAGGAUUUUCUGUUCCCGAUCCACCUCCGCAAAGAUAUCGAAACGAACAAUUUGGCACUGGCCUUCCGUUACGCUUGCGUGAUCAGUUUUUGUCCUUCUUGGUUGAAACACCUGCGAAGCGUUCAGUUCGUGGCUCUGCUUUGGAAAUAAUGACAUCUACGAUGACUAGAUCGCAGCUUCUUAGCCCUCCAAGUUCUCAUCUCAUAAAAUUCGAACUCCCUUUUAAAGAUUACAGAUCGCUUGCCCAGAGCUUUCGUAGUUCUGAAUUUCCUACCCUCGCCCUGAGACACAGACGUAACGCCCCGACCUCAAUUUUCCCCAAAAUCAGAGCUCAGAGUCUUCCCGAUUAUGUACCCGAUUCCGAGUUUUACAAGGUGGAAGCGAUUCUCAGGCCUUGGCGAAUCCCUCAGGUUUCUUCGGCUUUGUUGAAAAUGGGAAUUCGUGGCGUCACAGUAUCUGAUGCCCGGGGCUUUGGAUCUCAGGGUGGUUCACAAGAGAGGCAGGGAGGCUCUGAAUUUUCUGAAGACAAUUUUGUCGCCAAAGUUAAGAUGGAGAUAGUAGUGAGCAGGGGUCAGGUUGAAGCAGUUAUAAACAAGGUUAUCAAGACAUCGAGAACAGGGGAGAUUGGUGAUGGCAAAAUUUUUUUGACACCUGUUGCAGAUGUUAUAAGAGUUCGCACAGGUGAACGUGGGGAAAUUGCGGUGAGGAUGGCUGGCGGGCCAGCUUCUGCUGUAUGAGCGUUUUGAACCAGAAUGAAAUCUAGCUGGCCUCUUGGGGAGCACUUGGCUUUGGCCCUAUGAUCCUUUUCUUCUCAAAUCUUACAUUUCAGAGCUUUUUAAUUGUGUUUGAGGUGAAGGCAAAUUGCGAUGCAAUAAUCAAGUAAUAUAUGCACGGAUAGCCAAUAAUAAGUGGAGAUUUGAAUCGAUUUUUAUUUUUA